AUGAUUAUGAUCAUGAUCAUUGCUUACACCUUCAAUAUUCAACACACAUUGCUCAACCCUGACGACAGUUUUGGACGCAGGAGUAUCAGAAUUACCCCUUUUGAAAUGUCAUCUGUGCUCGAUGAAGCUAGUCCCGGCGCCGCUCGGCUUACGCCUGCCAGAUCCAGUAUCCUUCCGGAUUACCUCAUGGGAAUCUGCAAGUCUCCUUCUAGUUGUCAGCCCUAG